CCUAUGAGUCACUCGCACUCCGUCUCACACACUACCUGUAAUUAUCACUUUAUUUCAGACAAAGGAGGCAGAGAAACUUCACACUCCUGACGCGUUUCUCUGCGGACAUUUAGAAGCUACAGUAAACUCUGGAUUAAUGCAGAAAAUAUGGACGAUCAUCCAGCUCUCUCAGCGUACAACGAUGUUCAGGCUCUUCUCAAAGAGAUGAACAGCCAAAGUGCUUCACAGAAAGGAAGACUCAGGUGGAUUCUCCAGAAGAAGUUGGAGAGCGAUCCGUCCUGCAGCAUUUUGUUGAUCCAAGUUCUCGUCAAAGAGCUGAAGAAGAAGCUGAAGACGACUUGUAAAACACAAUCCUACGUGCAUGUCAUCCCGGUGCUGCACACAAUCUAUUAUGUGGUUAUUCAGUCAGGUGGGAUGAUUCCUGCCAGCCUUUACCAGACGGUGUACGAGUGUUUGAUCAAACUGUUGAUUUUACCGACGCCUUACUGCACCGUGGUCCUGAGCACUCUGAGGAGCAUCAAGAUGGAGAUGAUCACACCAGGCUCUUUAUAUCAGAGGAGAGUCGUUGCAGAGCAGAACUUGAAGAGUGAACAUCUUACUGUGCAGGAAAAGGUGUUUGUGCUCGCCGACCCGGCGGUGUUUUCAGCUCCACUGGAGGCGACAGUCAGAGCACACUUUGAGGCGCCCAGCUCGUUCAGGAACACGACGACCAUGGAGAAAAACGUGGUUCUCCAUGUGCUGCAUACAGGGCUCGGGGCGACCUGCCAAAGCUCCAGACUGGCUCAGGCUCUGAAGGCUUUAGAGGACCAUGUGGUGGAGAAAUAUUUCCAGGAAGUUGUUCUAACAGUGGAGCAGAGUAUAAAACAUGGCCCAGGUGGUUAUCUGAACAAACUACAUGACAUUUACAGAAACAUCUUGACUGACUGCAGAGAAGAAAUAACCAAAGUAGAUCAUGGUUCUUUGGUGUACGGCGCGGCAUUGCCCUUUCCAGAGAUCAACUUCCAGUUGUGGAGAUCCGAAGAGGAUCUAUGGAAUCUGCUGGUAAAGUUCGCCCUGGAUUGCUGCCGGAACUCGAGCACUGAUGAAGAAGUGAAGGACAAAAAAGGUUCAGUCCAGUCUGAGGAUGAUCAAAAAGAGAGAAAUCCUACGUCAGUAUUCAAUCGGAGAAAGGCCUUCAAGAACAUGAAGCCAGCGGAUAAAAUAACGCUAAUGAGGGAGAAGAUCGAAGCGUUUCCUGGAAGCUCUCCGGCCUUCAAAGAAGACAGGAGGCGUCACACAGCACGGGUCGUGGUAAUGGGGGAUGAUCGUGUGCUGGGAACACUUACCAGGGCUUAUUGCCUUAUUCGAGAAAGAGAGUCGAAACGUCUUGUUUUGACCAAAAGAUUGGACAUUCAGUUCUACUACAUCCCAGUCACUGAUGUGGAACCAUCGUCCAUUCCACCUGGUGGUCCAUGUCAGGACAAAGACAGAUUGUCUCUCGCCUCCUUACUGGGAAGAGUGGAUCCAUGGUACAACAGCAACAUCAACAGUCUGGGAGCUGAACUCUCCAAACUGGGUAGAACGCACUCUGAGCCAUCAGAGCAAAACCUCUUCCUACUGGACAGCCUGUGUUACUACCUUCGCUGUGGGAAGCAGCCGGUUAACAUCCCGCUCUAUUCAGUUAAGAUGACCUGCUCCAGUGGCGACGUGGACGAAGUGUUUGUGUCUCAUCUGGAGGCAGAAAUCCCAGAGUUCAAACACCUGAAAGAAAACUCCUCAAAGGAGCCGUCUGCACGCCGAAAGAAGUCGACAGUGGCAGUGUUUGGAACGGCUAUCUCAGUCAGUUACACAAAGAUCUCUUUAAGCAAACGAGAAGUCGUGAAAGGAGAGGCACCCAUGACGUACGGCGUGGUCAUAACAUCAGAGCCGGCAGCCUUAACAUCAGGUCAGGAUUACCUCAGUGUCAGGUUUGACAGUGUGAACCCAAUAUACAACACGAAGAUCCAAACUCAAAACAUCAGCAUCAGGACGAUGGAGCAUCGGACACUCUCUGUGUGUCUGGACAAGGACUCCCGCCGGAGAUACACUGAUGUCCAAAGGAUAGAAAUUUCUCUGUGCUUGGAUCCCGGAUGUAGCUUCUGGUCGAGGUUCAGCGUCAGUGGCGAGCAAGAGCAGUCGCUGAGCAAGUUUCUGAACAAAGUCCUGUCACUGCCGAUCAACACCUUCACCGGUGUGACACUCUGAGAGACGUCUGUUGACUUUGCAUGUACAUAUAACAAAUACUGCUGCACAUCAUGCUUUAUUAACACUUUGUUUCACACUAUAAGCAGAUAUGGUUGUAUAAAGACAGCAGAGGUUCUCUAUUGUGACCAUUUAUAAUACAAGACAUCAGUAUUUUUGUGUGUAAUCCCACUGUGGUAAAUACAUUCAGCUGUUUAGCCCUAUAGAAGAAAUAACAACAAACCAACAUCCUAAAAGGGGAUUGACUUCUAUGCAUCAGUCAUGGAAGGAUUGGCAUGGUGUGAGGAGUUAAAUUCAGUGAUUUCCACUGAGGACUGGCAGAUUUGAUUAAAAUCUCAAACACAAACAAUAAAUACCCAUUUUACAAGUGCUACAAGUGUGGUAGAGAGGACACACUAUCAUUGCCUAUGGGACUGUCCACUGAUUCAAGCCUUUUGGAGUGAGGUGAUGGAUUUGAUUUUGCAGGUUACAGGUAUAAAACUAAUAUUAGACCCCAAACUAUGUAUCCUUGGUAUUUUUCCGACAAACCUUGACCUUAGCAAGGCAAAUAAAUCUAUGAUUAUUUUUUUGCAUGCUACAAGCCAAGUACACUAUAGCCAAAUCAUGGAAAUCCAGUAUCAGAGUCAGGCUUGCAGGACUAUCAGACUCGCUGGCACUGGACAAAAAAACUCACCUUCACGUUAAAGGGUAAAUGUCUGAAUUUUGACAGUAUGUGGAGAUCUUUAAUGGUGUUAGAGGGGAGGAAAGCAUUGGAGGCAUGUUCCCCUCCGUAUGUAAACCAUAAACAAUUGAAAUUACCAUGUAUUUAUUAUGUUUGUUUGUUUUUUCUCUUUUAUUUUUUAUUUUAAUGCUUUUCUCUAAGGAAGUUGACAUAUUAUUCACAUUUUGGACUGCAAAACAACACAUGUUGCUGCCCUGUAAUGUUUACCUUAUUGUGAUAGGUUAGUUUUGCACCCGUAAUAUAUCUUGUUGCAGUGUGAUUGUUUAUUCUGAAAAUUA